AGAAAAUACCUUAAGUUUAUAGCACCUCGUCGGUGCGCCUAUCUUAUUCUUGGAUUUCCCCUUUCCAUCCUUCGCUCUAAAUAACAUCCUUUUAUUUUAUUACACCCUGCUGGUGUAUCUGGCUGAGCGCAGCUAGGGAUGGAAAAGGGUAAUAAAAAUGCAUCCUAAAUGAUGCAUGCAUUAAAUUGUUUACCGGACGCUAUUUAAAUAUUCGUCCAUUCUGAAUUUAUGACCGGCAAUAAUUUCGAACUACAAGCGUUUUCUAGCCUAACAAAACACUUGAGCUCUUACAUCUUUUAAUUGCCUUACAUUGGUCCUUUCUAAACGUUUCUAUACCUCGCUUGGAGGUCUUUUCUAAAUAUAAUCUCAAAUAUUGCUUAUCUUAUGGAUCUGUAACUCGAUCCGCGAUAAGCCUCAGCUGUCCGUAACACGGAGGAACCCGAAUGCACUGAUUCCGUUGUAUAGUAGAAUGAAAAUAGGCGAGGUAAGCGAACGUAAUCGCAUGAUAUUUUAAUAGUUCGCAUUUUUAUCCGGAUCAUACAACUGCUAUGAAUACAUCCGACUCAAUCAAUCGGCGAGUGAGAAAGAUGAUUUCCCUCAUCACCACAUUGCUUAUUUCCACUUCUGUCACGCCAGCCAACAGCAUCAGCUUUCCCGCAGCAGUAUCCUUUAAGUCCAGGGUGCUAUUCCUGGGAACAGCAUCAUCAGUAACAGCAGCAGGACCUGGCCAUCGAUAGUAUUUCGAGCAAUUUUCCCCAUCGGAGAUCCCGUGCUUCACGCACAUUGAAGAAACCUCCUCAGCCACAUAUGUGUGUCAAGGAGAAAAAGGAGCUGGAUUCGAAUCGUCAAUCCAGACAACCCGAAUGCACCGAUUGCAUUAUAUAUCUUGUUUAUAUUUUAUAUGCAUUUUGUGUUUUUUUGAAUAAAAUGAUUAAAAUCGAUCAAUGUUUUUCCUUUUCAUGUUUCAUAACAAACCAAUACAAACAAGAGACGAUCAGUGUUGGAAGCAGCGUUACAUGCAGGUCGACGCCUUGCAUAUGUUGGCAAAAAAGUGGCGUCAAGUUGUUCGAUGAAUGCAUAUGAAAGGUCGAUAAAUCGAUUGCAAGGUGGCAGCAUUUGAGGUCGAUUGUUGACAUUUCAUCGACCCGAUCUUGGCAGGCAAAACGGAUUGUGGGCGUUUUCGUUGAUCGUAUGCUGACGGGUCGUUACGUUGCCGGUGUAUGUGAAUGUUUUCAUAAUAAUUGCUUGGUAGAAUAACUGACGUAACGUAACGUAACGGGACGUGAACGUGACGUGGAUGUUGUAUGUAAAUCGCACUUUAUGUGGAACUCACCCAGCUGUCAAGCGAGACUGCCCUGUGGUUUCGUUACAAUGCAGUUAUACUAUGUUCUGAAUCUAACUCCAAUGAAACCACAAUCGAUUAAUACGUUUUUAUGUUAUUUUAUAGCUCUUUAUACUUCCAUGAAUUAUAUUCAGUUGCUUACUUUUAAUUAAUAACAGACAAAAAAUCGAAUUUCGUUAUUUUUGUUGGAGUAUCAAAAAUUACUCUGUUUUGAGGAGGCUGAAUUAGAUGAUCUAUUAAAACAUAAUAUAGACGAAGAAAACAUAUUUUUUGGAGUUUUUUUUUCAUUUAAGAAUACCCUCUUCUUCAAAUAAAGGCUGAAAAAUACACAAUGGCAACAUUACAGAGAAGUUCAAUUUUCGUUCUGUGACACCGUGCGCGAGUAUACGUGUUAUGAUUUUGCACACGAGUACAGGAGGGUUAAUGGCAUCCAUCCUGCACAACUUUCCAAAACAAAACGGAUCAACGGAAACGGAAAUUUUCACCGUCGAGAGAUACAUGUUUUCUGAACAAUUUGCUGUCAAAAUAUUUGAAAUAUGGUAUGAAUUGAACUGGGAUUCCGACUUCUAACUGAAUCGAAUCCUAAGGAUAAAUAGAUAAAACGGCCACAUGCACCUGCAGAACAAGUAAUGCAAAAAUGCAAAUUUCAUAUGCAAGUUCUGGUUACGGGCUAUGGUUUCAGACAUGAGGUUAUAAUCAGCUUAUUCAGAAUGCACAAUACACUGGUGGAAUGUUUUUGUGGGGUUUCCAAUGCUCUAAUUAAAAUUCGGGAAGCUAUACCCAGGCCGCCAAAUGACCUUUGUUGAACCUGUGACAUUGACGUGAAACUCUCAGAACAUAUUCCGAAAAUAUUUUUUACACAUAGAAAAUAUGAAGGUUAUAUCGAGGGUACUCUCUGUUACGCCGUGUGCUUCUUGACAUUGAAUUGAAACACAAACUAACGAUUAUAACUACAUUUAAUAACAGAUUUAAAAGAACAACAGUGUUACAUAAAACAUCAUAACAAAAAUAAUUAUCCCUUCUGUUCUUAUUCCUCUUGUUGACAUCGGAGCGCUCACAGCUAGAACUGUCAGGUCGAGCCACAGGUUAUCAGCAUAGUUGCCAGUGGAUCUGUUGUCUACAACACUCUCUUUAAAAUAUGAAUUUUAAUUUUUUGUUUGUUUUUGACUUUGGAUUUUUCGAAAAAAAAAAGUUGAAAAAAAACUCAAAAUAUUGAAACAAUUCUCUUUUAAAACCCAUAAGACCUACACAAUGAUGUUUGAAAAAUGAAAUGUAGGAAAUUUAAAUUUAAAAAUUUAAGAAAAUUUAAAAAAAUCAUUGAAAGAAGUGUUUUAAAAAAAUUAAUUUCUCUCAUUUUUUUUUAAUUCUGAAAAAAUAUGGAUGAAUUGCCCAUACAAUUACCAACAUUCAUACGGGUGUGCCAAAUUCACCCGAAACACGUUUUCCCGAAGCAUAUUAACCCGAAUGCGGCAUUCACCCGAAUGCAACAUUUAUCCGAAUGAAGAAGCCAAAUUCCGGCAAAUCAGAGUAUGAUUUUCGUCGAAUUGAUGAAUAAACUUAAAUCAAAACAACAUGGUAGAACCACAAAAAUACGAAGCAAAAUGAAAAAUUGUAAUGAGAAAAUUUGAGAAUAACGCUGAAGACUUCGAUGUGUUAUUUUUAGAAAUGAGUAUAAGCACAAUCAAAAUGCUGUCUUCUUUCCUUUCCAUAUUGCUCUGUGAGGCUAAGAGAUAAUUUAGAAAUGAACACGGUCUGUAGAAUAUUUCUCAAGACCAAAGUAACGGAUUAUUCCAAUUCCUGAGCUAUCAACAUCGAGGCAUCCUUCAGUCGAAGGAUGCAUCAUUUACCUCUUUACUAGAUCUCCAAUAAUGUUCUUUAACCCUUACUAAUGUGAUUGCUUACGAGUUCAGACCGCUGAGCAACCCCAAACCUAUUUAUAGCCCGGGAAAACCCGUGAUCGAACAGGAAUUGAAUCUAGUACCUAUGUCAGCUUAAAUCAGCAAAGUAUCUGUGUCUACCUGAAUCAGCAAUCGGAUCAUCAUACACCGUUGUUUUGAGACAAUUCAACAGUUCGUCCAACCCACGAGCGAUUUCUCCGAAAUUUUCAUUACAACUCAUCCUAACAACGAAUGUCUGCUGUAAUUCUUUACUCUGUUAUCAUAAUUCGGUGAAAUUUAGGAAAGUUUCACUCAAGAAAAAAUAAAAUUACAAUAUUUUUAUGUUCAACUUUUAUACCGUACCAAUGACCAUUACCCUGAAAAAUGUUAUAAAUAAUCAUAGGUAAUAGUAUAGUUCAAUAAAGUUCAUUUAAGUUAAGAAUAUUUAUUUCAUUCUAGAAUGGACAGAACUUUUUGACAAUCUGAUAUCGCUGCUUUUCGAUCAAAUCGCGUAUAUUGUUUGCGAAGUACUCGGCAAACACCGAUCUUCUCUGCAUUUCAUACAAAAUUGAUCAUGCUGGGUUAUUAUGCGAUAAGGAAUCAGUCACAGCCCACAUGAGCCGUGCAAAUAUCUGUGAUCUGGAAAAUUUAGAUCAAUUAGUCAUAUUGUUUUUCUGGGAGAUACCGAGCUCAUUUUGCUUAGGAACUGAAUGAUGAUCUUCCAUUGAUUAAAUAUGGACUCAGACUACCAAUUGGAUUACAAGUGAUUUUUACAAAAUGAAAAAAAAAACUCGAUGAUAUUCCUAAUCAUCGAGUUUUUUUCUGGAUCACAUUUUAAUGCCGUUAGCAAUACACUCACGAUCCGUUGCAUUCUCGAAUAUCACUUUCAAUUAAGCUCCACUGGGGCUACUGAGAAAAUAUACGUCACGCAGUUAAUGUUCGUUUAAGCUCGCUCUUGUAACCAUGGAACACUUCCAUAAGCUCGACUGAAUGCGUGGAAUAUGCAAAAGGCGAUUAGUUUGCAGAUUGUCCGUUCCACGAAAUCCCGCGCUCUUGCUACUGUGUGUGCCAGCUUCGUGCGAAAAAUGAUUCCAGUCCAACGCAGCAUGUUAGCAUGGAUCAUACAAUGCUUCUAGUUUGUGCUUUCCAAACUACCGAUCGAUCGCGAUCGAUUGAUCUUCGAACAUAAUGUUUGAUUGGCGGGAGCGCACGCUUGUUCUGGAAUAUCAUUUAUAAAAACAUUGAUCAGUGAAAGCGCAUCGCUUAGUCCUACCGCUGGAAGACCGAAGUGCUGAUCUUUAAGCUUUAGCCACUGGACGCGCAAACGAAAACAAAUGCGCGAGAUAAGAAAUGAUUGCCACACCGCAAUAAAACGCGUAAAUCAGGAAUCGAUCAGUCGAACAGUGAAAGGAGCUUUGAGUGAGUUGUCUGUUGUUGAAAUCCGCGUUGAAAGAUCACAGUGAAUUAGGAAGGGCAUAAAUGAGCAACAUCUGAACAAAAUGCUCAGGAUAAUUAUCGUGUUGGGCGUAGUGCGUUGUGUCCUAUCAAACGAUCUUGAGUUUAUUCGAGGAAGAGUCUUCAAAUCAGCAGAUUUAGUCAACUUGGAGUCAACUAUUUCAUCGUACACAGUUGGUUGCAGGUUGGAGUCUGUCAGACGUAACAAGAACGGUAGUUUUUUGAAACUCUUUAGUGUCAAUGAGGAAAUCGAAACACGGAUCAAACCAAUUCGAAAUAAUGCGAUGGAGGUUCUCUGGCAUUCUCCGUGUUCAAAAGUACCUGAGAAUUUAUCGCUCCGUUUGGUGGAAGAUCGUGAAUGACACAACAAUCGAAGCGAAGAUCAUCAUAUCACCCAGCAAUGAAGCCACUGCAUGCGGCGUAAAGACCUACACCUGCAAGCUCAACCAAACACCACUGGACAUUUCUUCGGUUUCCAUCGGUAGACCGCCACUGCCAAUCGAUGAGUCUGAUUUUAUGUGCGUUUCGGAAAAUCGAGAAUACAUCUGGUGUGAGUUUCCACGUAACGACUACUGUAAACUCAACACUUUGUUCAGGCUUUCUAUGAUCAGAUCGUUCAAUAGCUCGGAAUGUGACCUGCAGAACAACGGCGAGAGAAAGCUGUUCGACAGCAGAACAGAAUCGUGCCCGUUCUUUGCGGGUCACAGAAGCCUAACAUUUGAACUCGAGGCGACAAAUAUGUUCGGCUCAACGAGGACGAUAUUCUACAUAAACCAUUACGAUUUCAUACGACCCACGGGUCCAAAAAUGCUGGAAGUUACUGACAUCGCUAGUACGAGAGUGAAAGUGGGGUGGAAUUUGAAUGUGAAGCUUUUGUAUAUAGAUCGGAAAUUUGAGUACGAAUUUGAAAUCGCGUCCCAACAUGGGGUUGUGAACAGUUCCGUUACGAUGUCAUUCGAUGUGAAUGAAAAACUCUAUCACACUUUGGAUAACCUCUAUGCCUAUACGGAAUAUGAACUGAGAGUUCGCGUUCGAGUAAUUCCAAUGAAACCAAGGAAGUUUGAAAAUAUUUAUUGGUCCGAUUGGAGUUCGGUUACGUUCCAAACUAUCCCGAGUAAACCUAAUCGAGCCCCGGUCAUUGUUACGGGUGGAUACAGUUUCAAAGAACGAAAGGGCGAUUCUGUAACGAUAGAAGUCUACUGGGAACACGUUCCGAUGUCACAUCAAAAUGGACCAGGAUUUAGUUAUAAUAUCUCGGCCAUAUCGAAAUCAGGGGAAAGGUUCUUACCGUCGUUCGUUGGAAGAGCAGUCGCUGUUUUCCAUCAAAUAACCAUUGAACACUAUAGAAUAAUAAUAUCCUGCUACAACCUGUUGGGAUCAUCUGAUUACAACGCGAUCGAUAUUUUCCCACCCGCGGAAAAUUUCCAACCAAUAGUUCGGAGAGUUCUACGAAACGAUUCGUACCAAUUCUCGUGGUUCCCACCAAAUGAUCCAACGGAUCUCUCCAAUUACACGAUAAUGUUCUGCAAUUUUACCGCAACAAAACACUGCCAGGAUUCGAUCAACUUUGCCGUCUUGCCGGCGUACGAAACAACUUUCAACGUGACCUCCGAAAGCGCCCUCAACUUUGGGGUGUCUGCAGUCUACCCAAACCACUCAUCUGGAUUCGUCUGGCAGGAGUGUGUCGUGUCGACUGCGAGUGGACUCAGCUACCCGCAGUUCGAAGUAACCGAUGUGACGGUGACUUCAUUUAACCUACGGAUGAACUCAUCCUGUUUCGAUCGAUCGCUGGUUCGGCGAUAUGGAGUGUUGCUUUGGUCUGGGAAAAAGCAAAAUCUUCUGCGGUACAAAACAUUUGAACCUUACGUUACGAUGGUGCCGAUCGAAGGUUUGGAUGCCGGACGAGGAUAUAUGGUGGAAGUAGUGGCGUAUGAUGAGGAUGAUGAAACUUAUGAAACAAGGAAAUUUGUACAUACCGUAGAAGAAGAAAAACUUUUGCUAAAGUUGUUCUUAUUGGUUUGUGGAGUACUUGGAACCAUUGCCGCGAUUAUUAGUGCAACUAAGUUCGUGAAGAGGGUGAAGAACAUCACAGUUGACAUUCCAGUAGGGUUGAUCGAUAUCCAUGACAUGUUGACAACGAUACGUGACAAUGAUGGCAAGGAAGAUGUAAAGUGCAAUGAAUUAUAUGAUAAGAAAUCUGAAAUCGUAUCGAACAUAGACAAAGAAUUGGUCUUCCUUCCUAUCAUCAAAAGUGCAAAUGAAAAUCAGUACAUAACAAAUAGAUGUUCUGUAGAGCGGGUAGAUCCAAACAAGAUCGAACAAAUGGUAAUAAGUGAGGGCUAUGUGUUGCCUUCACAGUACAAUCUACCAAAGGAGGUCAACCAGAUCAAUCGAUUAUCCAACAUUUCUUCUGAUUAUGUCGUACUUAAAUAACAAUCGGCUAUUGGACAGCAAUAUUCCUGAUCGUAAUACAGUUAUAUAAAAAUGUGAAGAACAGAUAAAUUUAUUCACAAUAUGAAAAUAAUGUUUUUGUACAAAGUUGUUCUGCGGUAGUAAUUAUGUUUUAAAAACAUCAUGUUCCGUUGUGCGAGAAAAAUACAACUU